UUAAAUAUAGUCUAAAUAUAGUCGUUUGAGAGAAUUCUAAUUCUAACAAGUGCUCUAUGUAUUACGUGGCUUACAUUCUCUAAAAAUAUAGCCAGCAUCAUACAUACGUUCCAAGUGCACUGUUUCUUUAAGGCGCCAUGUGAUUUGUCGCGAUUGUCUAUUGGAGGGUUUUCCCACCAAUAGCAAGACUCACUGCACAAAGAGAUCCACUGUCUAUCAGCCACAGCUCGUAAACCAUGUACUGUUCAGACCAGGGAGAAAGGAGGUGGAAAGUACUCACUGCUCCCGCAAUAAGACAUGGAGUAACACCUUAAGAGAUAUCUGGAUACCAAAUCUCACUGGAAUAUAGUGACAUGCAUAUAGGAAAGGUACUCGUCAUGAGAGAUCAUCGUGUUUGGAAAUGGGGCCAGUGAUGAGAAAAAUGCCCACAAAGCUGUGGGUGCUCUUGCUGUUUCACCUAACAGCCUUGUGGAAUACAACGGACGCGCAAAUUCGGUACACUAUUCCCGAGGAAUUAAAGGAGGGUUCAAUUGUUGGCAAUAUCGCUAAAGACCUUAAUUUGGAGGUGGCUGAGAUAUCCGAUCGUAGGUUGAGAAUAGCGUCUGACUCCGGUAAGCAGUAUUUCGACGUGAAUUUGGGGAAAGGCGACCUUAUUGUGAAUCAGAGAAUUGAUAGAGAGGAGCUAUGCGGGCAGAGCUCAAGUUGUCUUUUGCCUCUGGAGAUGAUAAUAGAAAACCCACUCAAUCUGUAUCGUGUUGAAAUUGAAAUUCAAGACAUAAAUGAUAACUACCCCGUAUUUCAGACCCGCGAACAUAUUUUAAAUAUUGCAGAGUCUACAGUACCAGGCGCAAGGUUCCGUUUGGAAUCUGCACAGGACUCUGAUGUGGGCUCACAUUCAUUACGAUCGUACACUCUGAGUAAAAACGGUCAUUUCAUAUUAGACGUCAAAACAAACAAAGACGGUACUAAAUUGCCAGAGCUGGUUUUAGAAAAAUCUCUGGAUAGAGAAAAGGAAACAGUACACACUCUACUUCUGACAGCCAUAGAUGGCGGUAGUCCAGAACGGUCUGGGACAGCAGAGAUCACUGUUCGUGUUCUGGACAUUAAUGACAAUGCCCCUGUCUUUGACAAAGCCGUGUAUGAUGUUCAGCUACAAGAGAACACAGCACUUGGAGUGGUCGUAGUUACAGUCAAAGCGGUUGACCAAGAUGAAGGAUUGAACGCUGAAAUAAUGUAUUCAUUCGGACCGCACACAACCGAAGCUUUACACGAGCUGUUUUCAGUUGACACAGCUACUGGAGAGGUAAAAGUGAAAAACCAAGUGGAUUAUGAAUCUGGCAGUUCAUAUAAAUUUGACAUAGUUGCCAGAGACAAAGGCGUGCCUGCCAUGGAAGGUCUUUGUAGUAUCCAUUUAGAUAUUUUAGAUAUAAACGACAAUGUUCCAGAAAUAAUUUUAAAGUCAUUACCUAGCCCUGUUAGAGAGGAUGCGCCUGUUGGAACUGUUGUGGCUUUGAUAAGUGCAAAGGAUGUGGACACAGGUGACAACGGACGAGUCAUUUUGUCUCUAGCACCAGGGUUGCCAUUUACCUUGAAACCAUCGAUUUCAAACAACUAUGCUCUAGUCACGGGAGCUACAUUAGAUCGAGAGAUGAACCCCACGUUCAUGGUUGAAAUACGGGCGUCUGACUCUGGAUCACCGCCACUUACAUCAAAGAAAAACAUAAAAGUUGACGUUUUGGAUGUAAAUGACAACCCACCGGUAUUCGCUCAGUCAUUGUACACUGUGUAUGUGCAGGAAAACAGCGCGGCCGGCUCCAUACUUUGUUCUGUGUCAGCUUCUGAUUCUGAUUUGGGAGAAAAUGCAAAAAUAACUUAUUCAGUGAUAAAUUCAAAGGGAGGAGACAUCCCAAUUUCUUCUUACGCUUACAUUAAUUCAGAAAACGGAACUGUUUUCAGUAUGCACUCUUUUGAUUAUGAGAAAAUCAAAGUUUUCCAGUUUCUUGUGCAGGCUAAAGACCAGGGCUCUCCAUCUCUUAGCAGCAACGCUACUGUUCACGUUUUCAUUCAGGAUCAAAACGACAAUGUCCCCACUGUCAUUUACCCCUCCGCAGUCCUGGGCUCUGUGUCUCAUCAGAGGAUGCCCCGGUCUGCUAAAACGGGGCACCUCGUUACCAAAGUAACAGCUGUGGACGCAGACUCGGGCCACAACGCCUGGAUUUCCUAUAGACUCGCGGAAGCUACAGACUCGUCUCUGUUCGCUGUGAAUCUUUAUACUGGAGAGGUUAGGACUAAACGCUCUGUUUCAGAGCAGGAUGACUCCUCUCAGAGACUGCUUAUAGAGAUCAAGGACAAUGGCGAGCCAGUCCAGUCCACCACAGUCACAGUGGAUAUACUGAUAGAGGACGGACUACACGAACCCAUCUCAGAUUUUAGACAGAAGGCGACUGAAAAAGACAAGAAAAAGAGUAAAAUCACGUUCUACUUGAUCCUUUCGUUAGCCUCCGUGUCUGUGCUGUCUUUGGUAACGUUUUUCAUCUUACUAAUUAAGUGCGCUAGGGACAGUAGAGACAAUGGGAGCUGCUGCAUUAGCAGAGAUUCUGACGGAUACAAGAAUCCCAACAGAAACCUACAGAUCCAGCUGAACACUGACGGGCCUAUUAAGUAUGUGGAGGUUCUGGGAGGAGACAUGAUGUCUCAGAGUCAGUCGUUUGGGUCCUAUCUGUCUCCAGUGUCAGAAUUCAGUGACUUAACUUUCGUCAAGCCCAGCAGCACACUAGACUUUAAGGACACGUUACGUGGGCUUGAUGCGUCAUUACCAGACAGCGCGUGGACGUUCGAGAGUCAACAGCAACUGAACAGCUGUUUGUAG